AUGUCGUCAGGUGCGCUCUUCCCCAGCCUGGUGUCUGGGUCUCGGGGAACCUCCAGUAAAUAUCUGGUGGAGUUUCGUGCCGGUAAGAUGAGCCUCAAGGGCAGCACGGUGACACCGGACAAACGCAAAGGCAUGGUGUACAUCCAGCAGUCGGACGACUCCCUCAUUCACUUCUGCUGGAAGGACAGGACCACCGGCAACGUGGAUGAUGACCUGAUCAUCUUCCCUGAUGACUGUGAGUUUAAGAGGGUGAACCAGUGCACCACCGGACGGGUCUAUGUGCUGAAAUUCAAGGCCGGAUCCAAAAGACUGUUCUUCUGGAUGCAGGAGCCAAAGACGGACAAGGACGAGGAGUACUGUCGGAAGGUGAAUGAGUACCUGAACAACCCCCCCAUCCUCGGAGCGCCGGGCAGCGGGGGCAGCGGCAGCCACGAGCUCUCCGCCCUGGGAGGAGAGGGCGGCCUGCAAAGCCUGCUGGGAAACAUGAGCCACAACCAGCUGAUGCAGCUGAUCGGACCAACAGGACUGGGCGGACUGGGAGGUCUUGGAGCUCUAGCGGGACCAGGACUGGCCAGUCUGCUGGGCAGCGGAGGCCCGGCCACCAGCAGCUCCUCCUCCAGUUCUCGUAGCCAAUCAGCAGCCGCCACGCCGUCGUCAGGUGGAGCUCCCAGGCUCAGCUCCUCUCAGGCUCCCACCACCCCGGUGACCCCCGCCGCCUCCACCAUCUCCCCUACAGGCGUGGCUCCUUCCACACCAGCCUCCGCCCAGACCCCACUGGCCCCUGCCUCCGUAGGAAGUCCCGCCCCAAACCAGCCCAUCCAGCUCAGCGACCUGCAGAGCAUCCUGGCCACCAUGAACGUCCCGGCGAUGGCGGCUACGCAGGGAGCAGGAGUGGACCUGGCCAGUGUCUGCACCCCGGAGAUGAUGGCCCCCAUCCUGUCCAACGCCGAGGUGCAGCAGAGGCUCCUGCCCUUCCUGCCCAGCGGGGAGAGUCUACCUCAGAGCGCCGAGGAGAUCCAGAACACACUCACCUCACCACAGUUCCAGCAGGCGAUGAGCAUGUUCAGCAGCGCCUUGGCGUCCGGGCAGCUCGGGCCGCUCAUGAGCCAGUUCGGCCUGCCAGCAGAGGCUGUGGACGCUGCCAACAGAGGAGAUGUGGAGGCGUUUGCCAAAGCCAUGGAGGGCAGCAAGGGAGGCGAGUCCAAAGACAAGGACGACGACGAGGACAUGAGUCUGGACUAGAGUCUCUGUCCGCUCUCUGCCAUUCCUUUCCUCCUGUUGAGUUUUCCUCUUCCUCGCUCUCACCUCCUCUCUGUCGUCUUAAAGUGUUUUCCAAACCAAAGGCACCAGUCUGCUCCAGCUGAGCACAAACAGCCUCAGCAGAGACGUGAGCUCGGGUUUCACUGUGGCGGCCAUGUUGCUGCCUGAUCCUGUUUUUUUUUUUUUUCUAGAACAAGACCAACUGCACCUUUCAGGAACCAACAUGGCCGCCACCGUCAAGCGCAGUGACCCGACUGCGGCUCUGCCUCCUUCCGCUCUGAGAGGACAAAAGAACUGCUUUCCUUCCAAAAAUCUAUCAAGGAGAAAAAAUUAUUAGGGGUUUGAAGAGAGAAUAUUUUGGUAUUGCGCCUUGAUUUAUUUUUUUUCUGUUUGUUUUUCGUACUUUCUGUCUUUCUAUUUUGUGAUACCGCAGCACAAACUGGUGAGGAGCCUGAGUACUGAUCAUUUCUGCCUUUGUGUGAUUUCUUCUUAAUAAUAAAAGAUAAAAAAAAAAAACAAAACAACAACAACAUU